AUGGAUUCCGCCGUCGACAUGAACGACGCCUCCAAGGUGUUGGACCUGUCUCGGAUUCGCUUCCAGUUGAUUCGCCUGGAAGACACAAUCACCUUUCAUCUGAUUGAGCGCGUCCAAUUCGCCCUGAACAAGACAAUCUACACGCCCGGCGCCAUCAAGAUCCCCAACAGCGACCUCUCCUUCUUCGACUGGUACUUCUUCGAGCAGGAAAAGCUGCAGUCUCUCAUCCGCCGCUACGAAUCCCCCGACGAGUACCCCUUCUUCCCGGAUGCCGUGCAGACCCCGAUUCUCAAGCCCCUCAACUACCCCAAGAUCCUGCACCCCAACGACGUCAACGUCAACGACAAGAUCAAGCAGUUCUACAUUGAAAAAUUCCUGCCCGCCGUGUGUCCCGACUUUGGACGCCAGGACCGCGGCGAGUCGCAGGAGAACUACGGGUCCGCCGCCACGUCAGACUUUGCGUGCCUGCAGGCCCUCUCGCGGAGAAUUCACUUUGGAAAAUUUGUUGCCGAGUCCAAGUAUCGCUCGGAUCCCGAAAAGUACAACAAGCUGAUUCUGGCGAAUGACCGGCUGGGCAUCGGGGAGAGCAUCACCAACAAGGCUGUCGAGAAGUCUGUCCUCGCGAGGUUGCGCUUGAAGGCGCUGACAUAUGGAAAGGACCCGUCCAUCUCAGAUGACUCCGACGAGCACGUCAAGAUUGACGUGGAUGCCGUCGUGGCCAUGUAUGAGGACUUUGUGAUUCCGUUGACCAAAGAGGUCGAGGUGGAGUAUUUGAUGCAGCGGCUGAAGGGGCAGCAAUAA